GCACAUAAACCUCUCUCUCUCUCUCUCUCUCUUUUAUAUUCCCACUGUUUCAAGCUCAGACUUAGAUCACUCACUGUCACUCCUUUACCUCUUUCUCUCUCAUUGUCUCUGUAACAAAAUUUCUUUAAUUGAUUUUUUCUUCUUUUUAAUUUUUGUUUUAAAACCCCACCAUUUCUUUCUUCAUCAUCUUCUUCUUCUUGUUGAGGUGAAGUCAUGGUGAGGAGCUGUUCAUUUCCGUUUCUUCUUGCUUUCUCAGUGGUGGUGUGUCUGUAAUGCGACAGCCGUUGGCUCUCUUCGCAGAGAGAGCCCGUCAGUUAUUUUUUUCUCGAGAAAGUUUGUUGUUUUCUUCUUCUUCUUCGGUUAUUUUUGUAGCUUUUUGAGGUUUUCGGGUGAUAGAAAGGUCUGGGUGUGGCCGGUUGGGUUUUGUUUUUAGUGGGUUCUUUCGAGCAUUUUCAGGAUUUGGGCUCGGGGAAAAACCAGCAGAGGUUCUGGUUUUUAGGGGAGAUCGGAAUUGUUGAAGAGGAAAAGGGAAAAAGAAGAGGGUCGGUUCUGUGGUGUUCGUUUUUUUGGAAGUGAGACAGAUUGAAUAGGCAGAUAUUCUGGGUUGUGGAUAGAAAUGGCUAUGGCGGUUGCACAGCACAGGGAGAGUAGCAGUGGAAGCAUCAACAAGCACCUCGACAAUGGAAAGUACGUGCGAUACACAGCCGAGCAAGUAGAGGCUCUGGAGAGAGUCUACGCCGAGUGUCCCAAGCCCAGCUCGCUCCGCAGGCAGCAGUUAAUUCGGGAGUGCCCCAUUCUUUCCAACAUUGAGCCGAAGCAGAUCAAAGUCUGGUUUCAAAAUCGCAGGUGCCGGGAGAAACAGAGAAAGGAGGCUUCUCGGCUUCAGACCGUAAACAGGAAAUUGACAGCAAUGAACAAGUUAUUAAUGGAGGAGAAUGAUAGGUUGCAGAAACAGGUUUCCCAGCUGGUCUGUGAGAAUGGAUAUAUGCGGCAGCAGCUGCAAACUGUAAAUGCAUCAGCAGCAACUGAUGCAAGCUGUGACUCUGUGGUUACCACUCCUCAGCAUUCACUGAAAGAUGCAACUAACCCUGCUGGACUACUCUCCAUUGCGGAGGAGACCUUGGCAGAGUUCCUCUCAAAGGCUACGGGAACUGCUGUCGAUUGGGUCCAGAUGCCUGGGAUGAAGCCUGGUCCGGAUUCGGUUGGGAUCUUUGCCAUUUCCCAAAGUUGUAGCGGGGUGGCAGCACGAGCAUGUGGUCUUGUUAGUUUAGAACCUACAAAGAUUGCUGAGAUCCUCAAAGAUCGCCCCUCUUGGUUCCGGGAUUGUCGGAGCCUUGAAGUUUUCACCAUGUUUCCUGCUGGAAAUGGGGGGACAAUUGAACUUGUGUACACACAGACGUAUGCUCCAACUACCUUGGCUCCUGCUCGGGAUUUCUGGACGCUGAGAUACACGACAAGUUUAGACAAUGGCAGUCUUGUGGUCUGUGAGAGGUCUCUUUCUGGUUCUGGUGCCGGUCCAAAUGCAGCUGCUGCUGCUCAGUUUGUAAGAGCUGAAAUACUUCCUAGUGGCUACUUGAUCAGGCCUUGUGAGGGUGGAGGGUCAAUCAUCCACAUUGUUGACCACCUGAAUCUUGAGGCGUGGAGUGUGCCAGAGGUGCUGAGACCACUCUAUGAAUCAUCGAAAGUAGUGGCUCAGAAGAUGACCAUUUCAGCACUUCGCUACAUUAGGCAAAUAGCCCAGGAGACAAGCGGUGAAGUGGUUUAUGGUUUGGGCAGACAGCCGGCUGUUCUGAGAACGUUCAGCCAAAGACUAAGCAGAGGUUUUAAUGAUGCUAUAAAUGGUUUCAAUGAUGAUGGAUGGACGAUAAUGCAUUGUGAUGGCGCUGAAGAUGUGAUACUUGCAGUUAAUUCAACGAAAAACUUGAGCACCUCGGCAAAUCAUGCUAAUUCGCUUACGUACCUUGGUGGGGUACUCUGCGCGAAGGCUUCUAUGCUCCUUCAAAAUGUCCCCCCUGCUGUUUUGGUUCGGUUUUUAAGGGAGCAUCGUUCUGAGUGGGCUGAUUUCAAUGUUGAUGCAUAUUCUGCUGCAUCAUUGAAAGCUGGUUCAUUUGCUUACCCUGGAAUGAGGCCCACAAGGUUUACCGGAAGCCAAAUCAUAAUGCCUCUUGGCCACACUAUUGAACAUGAAGAGUUGCUUGAAGUUAUCCGACUUGAAGGACAUUCACUUUCACAGGAAGAUGCUUUUGUUUCGAGAGACAUUCAUCUAUUGCAGAUAUGUAGCGGAAUAGAUGAGAAUGCUGUGGGAGCCUGUUCAGAACUUGUGUUUGCACCAAUUGAUGAAAUGUUUCCCGAUGACGCCCCACUUCUUCCAUCUGGGUUCCGCAUCAUACCAUUGGAUUCAAAAACAUCUGAUCCUCAGGAUACCUUGAAUAGACAUCGGACAUUAGAUCUGACAUCUAGUCUUGAAGUGGGUCCAGCAACAAACACCAGUGGAGAUGGCUCAUCGUGUAAUAACACGCGGUCAGUCUUGACUAUCGCCUUUCAGUUCCCUUUCGAGAGCAACUUACAGGAAAAUGUUGCAACUAUGGCACGCCAAUAUGUUCGUAGUGUGAUUUCAUCGGUCCAGCGUGUUGCCAUGGCCAUAUCUCCUACGGGAUUAGGGCCCGCCGUUGGACCUAAGUUAUCUCCUGGAUCCCCUGAAGCUCUUACUCUUGCUCACUGGAUCUGUCAGAGCUAUAGUUUCCAUAUGGGUACUGAGCUGUUGAGAUCUGAUUCUGCGGGUGGUGACUCGGUAUUGAAACAUCUUUGGCAUCACCCAGAUGCUAUAUUAUGCUGUUCAUUGAAGUCGCUGCCAGUUUUCAUCUUCGCGAAUCAGGCAGGGCUUGACAUGCUUGAAACAACAUUAGUGGCUUUACAAGACAUCACAUUGGAUAAGAUAUUCGACGAGUCUGGACGGAAGUCGUUGUGUGCUGACUUUUCGAAGUUAAUGCAGCAGGGAUUUGCUUAUUUGCCGGCCGGAAUCUGCAUGUCGACGAUGGGGCGACACGUGUCAUACGAGCAAGCAGUUGCUUGGAAAGUCCUUGCUGCAGAAGAAAAUAGCGUUCAUUGCCUGGCCUUCUCCUUUGUAAACUGGUCUUUUGUGUGAAGAUAAUUUAUUAACUUAAAAACACCCUUUUUCAAGUUUUCCCAUUUGAUUAAAUGGAAAAACUAUGGGAAAAAAGGGUAAAAAAGAAAUGGAAAAGGAAAAGAAAAAACCCAAAAGUUUUGUAAUGUUUUUAAACCCAGCUUCAUGCAGGCUUGGAUGAUAUUUAAUUUAAUUAAAUUUUUCUUUACUGCUCCAAAUUUUCCUAAUGUAAAUUCCUUGUGUA